AUGGUCGCGAUACCCAAAUCAUGGCUUGCGUUGACGCUGCUGUCCCACAGCGCUUUUGCAAGGCGCAACGUGCAGAAGCGCAACGAUACGCAAAGCCAUGCGACCAACCUGUUGCACGAGUCGAUGGACUGGAUGGACAUGUAUUAUGACCAUGAGAAAGGAUAUCUGUUUAACCUUGAUGCGACGGCAUUGACGCAUGAUACAAGACACAGUGUCUGGUAUGCGGCGGGUUUGUUGGCUCGCAAUGAGCCGGAUGAUGUUGAGCAGGCAGUGAGGAUUGUAGAGAAUGUCAUUGGGGCGCAAAUCAAGAAUGAGAGUCAGCAGUGGUUCGGAGACUACCAAAUUUACCCUGAAGAGCCAACGGUCGGAACAGAACAGUAUCCUGCAGUCAUCUAUAAUUCUUGGGAUCCGAACUGGCGAGGUUUCAUCGGCACUACAUUUGUCGUCAUGCUGGAAGAAUUCUCACAUCUCAUUCCUCAGCACACUCGGGAUUACAUGCUAGAGAGUCUAUUUAACACUACUAUCGGCGACAGCUAUCGCGUCGGCGGUCUCGAUGACGAUAAUCUAUAUCCUGCCUACAGCAAUCCAUCAAUCAUGCGGGCUUUCGUAUCAGGCUGGGUGGGACGACGGGCAAACGACUCGAACAUGACUGUCGCGGGCGAAGCAUACGCAAAAGAAGUCAUUGACCUCUUCACCCGCGACAACACGCUUUCCGAGUUCAAUUCGGGGACUUAUGCAGGCGUUUCUCUGUUCGCGCUGACGCUGUGGGCGAAGUAUAUGCCACAGGAUAGUCUCAUGGGCCAGUAUGGAGGAGAGAUGAUCAAACAUACCUGGACAUCUUUGGGCGAGCUAUACAAUGCGAACAUGAAGAAUGUAGCAGGACCAUGGGACCGAAGUUACGGGUUCGACAUGAACAAGUACUUGAGUAUCCUGGCGUUGCAGAUGUGGACGCUUGUUGGCAAGGAGGAUGCACCUGUGGAUUCAAAGCCAUACGCAAUGGGCCACAAAAAUGACUUCGCCAUUUCCCCCCUCAUCGCCAUUCUCGCCCCCUUCCACAACACUCUUGUUCCCAACACGACUCUCUCCGCCCUCACCAACUUUCCCGGCCCGCAUACCGUCACCACCUCCGCAUUCUCACCUCCCUACGACACCUACCCCCGCAACAUCACCGCCUGGAUAUCUGACAACCUAACCAUUGGCGCCGAGUCAUUUUCCGAAACCGUGGUUGGUGGUCCGGCGAGAAACCAGAGGAGCUUCAAUCCUGCAGUUGUGCAGUGGGGAAGGAAGGACGGGAGUGUAGGAUGGAUGAGCUUGUACGCGCAAACCAAGGCGCUGGAUGUGCAUGUGCAAGAACGUUUGCUGGAAUUGAGUUAUCCGGAGGGUAACAGCAGUGAUAGUGGGUUUUCAUUUUUAGUGGGGACGAACGGGUGGGGUGGCAAGAGGGAUGUCAGGGGAUGGGAGGAUGUGGAGGGGGUGAAGGUCAACGUCACGGGGUCUGUGGAUGCAAACUACACCGUCACGUUUAAUGGGCUGCGCGGUGGGGCGGGCAGUGUGAUCAACGAUUUUGAGUUCUGGAACUUCACGUAUUUGAUGCCGAAGGGAAGCCAGGAUGUACCUCGUGUGAGGCUAGAGAUUGAGCUUGAUCAAUAG